CCGAAGAGCCACCAGCGAGGGGACAGCCAGAGCAGCGAGUGACAGCCAGUGCACAUGUCUGGGGACACCGGGAUGGCCGGGAAGGUGGCACUGCUCCUGUGGGCCCAGACCCUCGGCCUUACUGGUGCCCAGACCACCCAGCUCCUCCUGGAGCCCUCCUGGAGGCCGGCGGUGCUGUGGGACCAGGUGACACUGACCUGCCAGGGCUCGGGGACCGCUGGUGACACCACCUGGUACAGGGGUGGGCAGCGCUGGGGGCAGCAGGGACGUGACCAUGUCACUGUCACCGAGAGUGGCACCUACAGGUGUGACAGACCCGACACCGGUCUCAGCAACCCGGUGACAGUCUCAAACGAGUGGCUGGUGCUGCAGGUGCCAGCACGGGCACUGCUGGAGGGGGACACGGUGACACUGCGCUGCCGGAGCUGGCAGAACAAACGGCUCACAGACGUGUACUUCUACCGUGAAGAGAAAUAUCUGAUGGGCCCCCAGGAUGGCACCGAGCUGUCCCUGUCCCCCCUGCAGCUGCACCACAGUGGCCGCUACCGCUGCCAGGGCCACGUGAGCCAUGUGGUGUCACGGUGGAGCACGUCAGAGCUGGUGACAGUGACAGUGCACAGGUUCCCGCCCUCAGGGGUGUCCCUGUCAGCGCAGCCCCCUGAGGGACAGGUGGCACUUGGGGACAGCCUGGUGCUGAGCUGCACAGUAGCCAUGGGCACAGGUCCCCUGUCCUUCUCCUGGCACCGGGAGGGCUCGGGGACAACGGUGGGCACCGGCCCCCAUCUGGAGCUGCAGCAUGUUGGGGACAAUGACAGCGGCCAGUACCGGUGCCAGGUCAGCGACGGGGACAGCGUGGCCGAGAGUGACCCCCUGAACGUCACCGUCCUGGUGCCCGUGGCCAAUGCCACCAUCACCCCCGGUCCCCUGGCACACCAGGUGCGCCCAGGUGACCGCGUGACCCUGCACUGCUCAGUGCAGGUGGGCUCAGCCCCUGUCACCUUCACCUGGCUGCACAAUGGGCAGGAGGUGGCGCAGGGUCCCCUCCUGGAGCUCAGGGACAUCGAUGUGGGACAUUCGGGCACCUACCAGUGCGUGGCCACCAACCAGCUGGGACAGGACGGGCACCGCGUGUUCCGGGCACUCAGCCCAGAGAUGGCCCUGGAGGUGACACCUGGCUCACCCUGGGUUACAGUGGCCGCAGGGGUCGGUGGGGCCCUUUUGUUCCUGCUCCUGCUUGUGGGUGUCAUUGUGGCCUGGCGCCGUUGGCACCGCUGGGCUGCCAGGAAGAGCCAGGAAAGGGCCCCCCCGGAUCCCCCGGACACCCCAGAGGAGGGGCAGGUGCUGUACACCCACGUCGUGGUCACCAAGAGGGCAGGGGUGUCCCCCCGUGCCACCACCCUCCAGGAUCCCCAGGUGACCUACGCGGAGCUGCGGGGACACCAGGGGCGACCACGGGAACACGGUGACAUCUAUGGGAAUGUGCUGUGACACUGGGGGGAUCUGGGGGGCACUGGGGGUCCCCACCCACGGGCACCAACUCGUGUCUCUGCUGCCACCAAAAACUGCCCCUCUCCCUCCCUGUGGGGGCACAAAGAUCCCAAAGGGCUGAGAGAAGAACAAUUUCCUGGAACAGCAACAAGAGAGAAUAAAACCAACAGCAACAGCAACAA